CUGAAGUCAGACUCAGUUCUGUGUAUGAUUUGCAUGUUGCCAACUCUUCUGAUCAUUUUGAGACCCAGCCGACCCACCUCAACGUUUCGGACACUUCCGUCUGCUUCGCAGAAUCACAAUGUCAAACGACCCGUCAAAAUCUCAGGAUCGGCUUGUACCCACAGCAACAGAUAUGGCCGCUGAUAGUGGACCCGAUUCAUCUGCACCCGUUGCUGGUACGUCGAAGGCUAGCGACAGUACUUGGCAGUCGUAUAUGAAUGCAAUGGAAAAGCAUAUCGAGGAAGAAACAAGCCCAGCCCGCCGAAAGAACAUUGAAGUUGUCCUGAACUUUGUGAGGCAACAUGGCUAUCCGGCUCAGGGGUACCACUUCCUAGCUCAUCAUGGAAUCAUGGAAGUUUGGACCGAUGAUGAGUUUCCGGAUAAGAACGAAGAGAACUUGAAAUUGAUUGGUAGUACUUUCCAGGACACUUAUGGCCUUCACUAUCCCGUGGAGGCGAGCCCUAGGGAAAGGGAGUGACAAUAGCAUUUUGGGCUCCUUCGACGUGAAAUCGGUCGGUUCGGUGGCUCCGCAGGAUAUAGAGCAUGAUCCAGAACCGUAAUAUACAUGUUUUUGUGCAAUUGCAUAGGACCUGGUCAUGCGUUCAUGUGGAUCACUAGGUUUGCUCUUAUUUGAAUAUCUUGUCAUAACGAAA